AGGAGGUCGGUUUGGAAUAUGAAAAAGGUGAAAGACGAGACGGCGUAAUUAUCCGCCGUGUGUUUAUUUAGCGCUACAUACACCACACGCCCCUUUUCUGACAACUAAUGUACCAGAUGAUAUAGGAGCCUACAUAAAGCAGCGCGGCGUGUCGCAGCCAGAUGAAGCGUAAAAGAUGACUCUGCGAGGUAAAGUGGCUCUAGUUACGGGCGGAGCCCAAGGUAUCGGUAGAGCCGUCGCAGAAAGCCUUCUGAAGAACGAAGCAAAGGUUGCACUUGUGGACUUGAAUCAAAGUGUCGGAGAGGAAUGCAAGAAGAUUUUAGAUGGAGAGUUUGGAGAUGGGAACUGCAUUUUCAUUCAGUGUGACGUGACGGACAGAUUGAAACUUAAAGAUGCUUUUCAAAGUACAGUUGACCGGUUUGGAAGAUUGGACAUUGUUGUCAACAAUGCUGGCAUCAACAAUGAGAAGGACUGGGAGAAGACCAUUGAAGUAAAUCUGACAUCAGUCAUCAAGGGAACUUACCUGGCCCUGGAUCAUAUGAGCAAAGAGUAUGGAAAAGAAGGAGGAGUCAUCAUCAAUGUCUCAUCCAUGGCAGCUUUCCUUCAUUCCCCCUACCAGCCAGUGUAUACGGCCACAAAGCACGGGGUGAUAGGCUUCUCCAGAGCCAUAGCGGAUGCAGCCGAGGUGGAGAACUAUGGUGUGAGGAUCAACACGCUGUGCCCUGCCUUCGUGGACACCCCUCUCCUGCGCUCCGUGGAACACGAGGACAACAUGGGCAAGUUUGACAAGUUCAAGGACGACUUAAAGAGGAGCGUGCACAAGUUCGGAGUGCUUCAACCUUCGCUGAUCGCAGAGGGAGUGUUACGCCUGAUAACUGAUACCGGUCUAAACGGUGCCGUGAUGAAGAUCACCUGCUCUAAAGGGAUCCACUUCCACACCUACGAGCCCCUGUCCGCUUGAGAGGAACAACGCGGAAUACCGUCGGACUUCUGUCACCCACCCAGACAAAGGAAUUUAAAGUGGUCGGAGUAUGGAGUCAUUCAGAAAGUAGACCCAUGUGUCUAUGGAAUUGGUAGAAAUGUAGGCCCAUUGAAUUAGGAAUUAGAAUAGUAAUUUAAUGGGACCUCUAUUUGUAUGCCUACGAUGGAUGUAACCAAGAUUCCAGUAGUCUUACUUAAUAGGUGUGAACAAAGGUAGCCAAAGAGGGUUUAGUUUUCGGGUUUCCCUCAUCAUAGAAUCCUCCAGUUGAUUUGACUAGUAUGAGAGACUUGUUUCCCUCAUCAUAUAAUCCUCCAGUUGAUUUGACUAGUAUGAGAGACUUGUUUCCCUCAUCAUAGAAUCCUCCAGUUGAUUUGACUAGUAUGAGAGACUUGGUACAAAUUGACUGCUGUAUUUAUUUUAUUUAUUUAACUAGGCAAGUCAGCUAAGAGAAAAUUCUUAUUACCCAAUUAUGAAAUGGACGUUUUAUCACAGCACAGUAUGUGUUUACAAUUUUACCAAAUAACUGUAGUUUAUUUAUGAUACAAUAGCAUGCUUUAUUAUCAUAGAAUAUGUGAAAAUUGUAUUUUUGUUCUCUGUCAUACAAUAAACUUUGACUCCUUUCCUCUU